AUGGUACUUCUCAACUACGAAAAUAUUCCAUGGUGGGCCUGGUUUCCCAUCGUCGUGGUGGCCUAUAGCGUUAUUUCGGCUCUCAGUUACUACGUUCGGUACUAUAAGCUGGGUGCUUCAUCUGCACCACACUUCAAUGACCACACCUUUGGGUUCUGGUUUACUCGUGAGGUUUUACGGAGACGUAAGAAUGGGGAACUCCCUAAUCUUUUUCUCGAAUUGUACAACAAAAUGAAGGCUGAUACAUUCUCCUUGCGUGCCACUGGUACUAGGAGAAUUUGCACCCGUGAUCCAGAGAACAUCAAAGCCGUUUUGGGAACUCAGUUCAACGACUUUUCUUUGGGACUUCGUCACAAGCAGUUCUGGGUUGUUCUUGGUGACGGAAUCUUCACAUUGGAUGGUCCCGGUUGGAAGCACUCUAGGGCUAUGCUCAGACCUCAGUUUGCAAGAGAGCAGGUCUCUCAUGUUAUGAUGUUGGAGCCACACGUUCAGCAGGUAAUUCGUCGGGCAAAGGCUACAAACGGGAACAGAUUUGAUCUUCAGACACUCUUCUUCAAAUUGACAAUCGACUCUGGAACUCAAUUCUUGUUUGGUGAAUCCUGUGCCUCACUUCGUGAUGAUAUUGCAGAUUAUGCUGAUCUCCCUGGCCCUGCUGAGAUGGAGCUGUUCCCCAAGGCUUUCAAUACCUCUCAGGCGCACCUCCUUAUGAGAAUGGGUCUCCAAAACUUUUACUUCCUCCUCAACACGAAAGAGUUCAAGGAGAGCAACAAGAUCGUGCACAAAUUCGCUGACUACUAUGUUGAAAAGGCUCUUGCUGCUUCUCCAGAGGAGGUUGAGAAACACUCCGAGGGUGGAUACGUGUUUUUGUAUGAGUUAGUCAAGCAGACCAGAGACCCUAAGGUUUUGAGAGAUCAGUGCUUGAACAUUCUCGUCGCAGCCAGAGAUACAACUGCUGGUCUUUUGUCGUUCGUAUUCUUUGAGCUUGCCAGAAAUCCAGAAGUGUUUAUGAAGCUUCGUGAGGAAGUAGUCCAGGCAUUCGGUGAAGGUGAUGAUGCGGACUUGAGCAGAAUGACCUUUGAGUCUCUCAAGAAGCUCGAGUAUCUCAAAUGGGUUCUCAAUGAGACUCUCAGAAUGUAUCCUUCUGUUCCUCAAAACUCCAGAUUGGCUACUCGUGACACUACUUUGCCAAGAGGUGGCGGACCAAACAGAACAGAGCCGGUGUUUGUUCCAAAGGGCUCUGUUGUUGUGUACAACGUCUACGCAACUCACAGGAACCCAGAAAUCUACGGAAAGGAUGCUAAUGUUUGGAGACCAGAAAGGUGGGGUGAGCCUGAUCUCAAGAAAGUCGGAUGGGGCUUCCUUCCUUUCAAUGGUGGUCCACGUAUUUGCUUGGGUCAGCAAUUUGCCUUGACCGAGGCAUCCUAUGUUACCGUGAGGCUUUUGCAGAACUUCUCCAACAUCGGCUCAUUUGCUGAAGAAGGAGAUCCAAAAAAGAAUACCCAUUUGACCAUGUCUCUACUCGAUGGCUGCAACAUCAAAUUAUAUUAA